AUGACCCGCAACAGCUCCCUCGGGGAGAUCCUCGCACCUAGAGAUGCAGCCCAGCUGAUCAAUCUUGACCUUGUCAAUCUUCCCAACCCGCCUAAUGGCUCUAUACAGAUCCACAAUGGAUCAGCCUCCGGAGGUAUACACACACUUGCAGGGCCAUUAGUCGUGGACGGCUUCACUGUGCUAUACAAAGCGAUGGAUCAAGCACGGCUCGACGGCCUCUUCGAUCCUCAGGGUGUUCUCAACAGAAACAGAAUUUGUGUCCUUCUGUCAGCCCUACCGACAGACUCAGCAGGACCAAGGCCAUGUGCCAUUUCACUCCAGACCUAA